UUCCUCUCUCUGCUGCUUUCCUAUCGCUAGGCGGGAUGGCGAUAACCACACGGUACUUUCUGGCGGCGGCCGUGACUUGUAGCCGAGCCUUGCUCCUCUGCGCGCUCUUCUCCUUGGUACGGCCCAGCUCAGGCAACUCCAAAGUAUUGACAGCAACUAAUAUUACCUGGUCAUCCAUCAAUUUUAAGACUCUGCUGCGAUGGGAACCUGAGCCAACUGAUUAUUCUUAUACAGUUGAAAUAGAUGGGGAAGGAUUGGACAGAAAGAAAACAUGUGUUGAUAUUACAAAAACAGAAUGUGAUGUUACUAAAGUGCUGAAGAAUGUCAAAGAUACCUACACUGCUCGCAUAUACUCUGUGAUGCGACACAGGGAAGAUGAUUAUGACACCCCUCCUUAUGAGCUCUCUCCAAAAUUCACACCUUACAGUCAAACUGAGAUUGGAAUACCCACGGUUGAAUAUUUUGAACAAAAUAAUGGAAUUUUGAGAGUGGUGGUAAAAGAUCCACUAACACCUUACAGAUUUAACAAUGGAAGCUUCCAAAGUAUCAGGGACAUAUUUGUUGAUGAUCUAGAGUACACAUUAAACUACUGGAAAGACCAAAGUACAGGAAAGAAAACUGCAACUACAAAAAGCAACCAGUUUGAAAUUAAAAUUGAUAGAGGGGAGAACUAUUGCUUCUAUGUCCAAGCAGUCAUUCCGUCCCGCUCACUUAACCGUACAAGUCAAGAAAGCAUGGUGUCGUGUACUAGUAAGAAGAGAGAUGAGUUGGAUGCUCUUGGAUUAGAUGCAAUUCUUAUAAUAGCAGGCAGUACAGUUGGAAUCCUCAUUCUGAUUAUUAUUUUAUCUGUGAUUAUCUACAAAUGCACAAAGUCAAAACAUGCAAUAAAGGAAAAAGAACAUGUGCCAUUGAACAUUUAAGGAAAUACUCAAGACCUUCUUUGUUAUUACAAGAUGCUGUUGCAUAACUGCAUUCUCCUGUAUUGUGGAAGCAACUACUACUGACCCUUAAAUCAAAAGGACAUUUGCUGUUUCUGUGAAACAAUUUCUUUACAGUUAGAACACUACUUUAAAAGCCUGUUAUAGUCUGACAGUAACUACUAUAAGAAUUGUUAAAAUGUUAGCUGACAUAGAUGGGGAAAAUGCUACUGUUUUUUGCUGAACGUUUGGUGUAUUUUUAUAUCGGGUGUUUGGGUACAUCAGUUGGUAUGGGUUAUAACAUGUGAGGAUGGGCUUUAGCAGCCCGACAGACUUAGAAGUUAUUGCACAAGUGAAUACUUACUAUUAGAAUAUGCUAGGUCCAGGUACUUGCUAUUAACUUUUUAACUGGAAACUCUACUUUUUACACAGACUACUGGAAAGCUUUUCAAAGCUGAUAACUUGCAUUAUUAGAGCCCACUUUGAAUUAACCAGGCAUUUAAAUGUGUAUUUGGAUUUAGCACUUUGGUUGUUAUUAACUGCUGGACAGACAAACCUAACCUUUGGAAAUGGCAUACAUCUGUAUUCUAAAUUUUUAGAUUCCUCAUGCUGCUACAAUCAAUGUUAAUAUUUAUGAUUUUUAUAAAUGUGGUUUAUAUUUAUAUGUAUAUAUUAACUUAUUUAUAUACUUAAAAGAAAAAGGUGAAUGGAAAUAAAUAAUAAAUUUUAUCUGUA